AUGGCUCGGAGGCAGGACGAGCAGAGAGGGGGCGCGCCCUUAGUGGCGGAAGGCAAGCCCGAUGAGGAGGUUAAGCUUAUUCUGUACCACUGGACGCAUUCCUUCAGCUCUCAAAAGGUACGCUUGGUAAUUGCUGAAAAGGCAUUGAAGUGCGAGGAACAUGAUGUAAGUCUGCCCCUGAGUGAGCACAAUGAGCCUUGGUUUAUGCGUUUGAACUCAACUGGAGAAGUGCCUGUCCUUAUCCACGGGGAAAACAUUAUUUGUGAGGCCACUCAGAUCAUUGAUUAUCUUGAACAGACUUUCCUGGAUGAAAAAACACCCAGGUUAAUGCCUGAUAAAGAAAGCAUGUAUUACCCACGGGUACAGCAUUACCGAGAGCUGCUUGACUCCUUGCCAAUGGAUGCCUAUACACACGGCUGCAUUUUACAUCCUGAACUAACUGUGGACUCCAUGAUCCCAGCUUAUGCUACAACAAGGAUUCGCAGCCAAAUAGGUAACACAGAAUCUGAACUGAAGAAACUUGCUGAAGAAAAUCCAGACUUACAAGAGGCUUACAUUGCAAAACAAAAGCGUCUUAAAUCAAAGCUGCUUGACCAUGACAAUGUUAAAUAUUUGAAGAAAAUUCUUGAUGAGUUGGAGAAAGUUCUGGACCAGGUUGAAACUGAGUUGCAAAGAAGAAACGAAGAAACCCCAGAAGAGGGCCGCCAGCCUUGGCUCUGCGGAGAAUCCUUCACCCUGGCAGACAUCUCGCUCGCUGUCACAUUGCAUCGACUGAAGUUCCUGGGGUUUGCGCGGAGAAACUGGGGGAAUGGAAAACGACCAAACCUGGAAACCUAUUACGAGCGUGUCUUGAAGAGAAAAACAUUUAACAAGGUUUUAGGACAUGUCAACAAUAUAUUAAUCUCUGCAGUGCUGCCAACAGCAUUCCGGGUGGCCAAGAAAAGGGCCCCAAAAGUUCUUGGCACCACCCUUGUGGUUGGUUUGCUUGCAGGAAUGGGAUACUUUGCUUUUAUGGUUUUCAGAAAGAGACUUGGCAGCAUGAUACUAGCACUUAGACCGAGACCAAGUUAUUUCUAGGCUUGUAGGGAUCUGGUGGUGGCAAUUCAUCCAGCCAUUCAGCUAGACACUUGUCCACUCUUCCAGGCCCAGUGAAGAAUUAUACUGGGCAACUAGCAAACAGCAUAAUUUACUUUACUCUUUGGGUAGUUUACAUGGGGAGAGGAGGCCAUGAAAAUGUUUUGUGGGCUGGUAACUUUGAGAUUACUUCUUUGCAAACCUAAACAAACCCAUUCUUUAAAAAUGUGCAAGGUCAAGAUAUAUAAAUGCUGGCAUGUAGAGAAUAGACCUUUAACUCAAAAUGCCAGUUCAAAUUCUGAAUUCCUGGGAGGGGAAUUGUUACUAUGAGCAGACGGUAAUAAUAACUUGUGCUUGCCCACAGCUCUUCAUCUAAGACCAUCUGGAGAUGCCAAAUGUUGAGUAGUUAGCAAUGUUUUCCCCUAGAAUUCAAAAGUCAUCUUUGUUACACGACAUAGGGGUUUAGACAGCAGCAAGCCACAGCUGGUUUUAAGGGAGAAAUAGGGCAAGGGGAAAAAGGGAGAAUGAAGCCUGUAUAAUGCAGAACAGUAAAAUGCAAGUGCCGUGCUGCUAAGGUAACUGAGAAUUGCCUGUCUCUUGGUAAAUACUACAAUCCUCCCCCCUUUUGGCCACUGCCCAUGCACCCUCCUGUACUUGAGAACCCAUAGGAGGAGAAAGCUAGGGAGUUACUGGGGACAGUAGGCUGGAGAGAAGCCUGGGCUUUA